AUGACUAAACCCAAACUAACUUUCAAGGAACAAAUGAAGGGGUUCCCUUAUUGGCAAAUGGUCAUAGUCUGUAUUAUUCGAAUAGCUGAACCAAUAUGUUUUACAAGUUUAUUUCCCUAUGUAUUUUUCAUGAUUAGAGAUUUCAAAAUAGCUAAAAAUCCAGCUGAUAUUGCAACUUAUUCAGGUUACUUAAGUGCAUCAUUUGCUUUAAUGCAAUGUAUAUUUUGUGUUCAAUGGGGUAAAGCUACUGAUAAAUAUGGUAGAAAAAUUAUCUUAAUGAUUGGUUUAACUGGUACUGGUAUAAGUAUGUUAAUAUUUGGGUUUUCACCAAAUUUCUACGUUGCAAUGUUUGCAAGAUGUUUAAUGGGUAGUUUAAAUGGUAAUAUUGCAGUUUUAAGAACUUGUAUUGGAGAAAUUGCAACUGAGAAAAGACAUCAAGCUAUUGCUUUUAGUACAUUACCUUUAUUAUGGAACGUUGGGUCGGUUAUUGGCGCAAGCUUGGGUGGCUCCAAAUAUUUAACAAGACCAAAAGAUAGAAGUGAUUAUGAUUCAAAUGAUUUAAAUGAUUUUUAUAAUUCAUUUAUGGAUAAAUUUCCAUAUGCAUUGUCUAAUAUUGUUGUUGCAACUAUAUUAUUUGCAAGUUUGUUAAUGGGAUGGUUAUUUCUUGAAGAAACUCAUGAAAAAUAUAAAAGUAAGAAAGAUCAUGGUAUUGUAAUAGGAGAUUUUAUACUAAGAAGGUUAGGUUUUAAUCCACCAGUUAGACCAUGGGAUAAAGCAUAUAAAGCAAAACCAAAACAAACAGAUACUGAUGAAUCAACUCCCUUACUUGAAGAACCUUUAUUACCUUCAAACGCAUUAGAUGAUGAUAAUGUAAUAGAUGAAGAAGCAUCUAUUCAUUCUUAUGAUGGUCCAAUUACAAGAAGAUAUUCUAAUGCAUUAAUUGAAAGAUAUAAUUCAUCAACUUCAUUAAAUUCAUUAACAAAAGUAAAUUCUCAACAAUCCAUCAAACAAUCAUUCAAUAAAGAAAUUUUCACUCAUGCAGUUAUACAAACACUUACAAUAAAUUUCUUAUUAUCAUUUCAUAAUGUUAUUUAUUCAGAAUUUUUACCUGUUUUAUUAGCAGGUUCAUAUGAUCCAAAAAAAUUAAUAUUUCCAAGUCAUAUAGCUGGUGGAUUUGGUUAUAAUAGUGAUUUUAUUGGUAAAUUAUUAUCUACUACUGGGUUAAUCGGAGCUUGUGGUAUAAUGUUUAUUUUCCCAAUAUUAGAUAGACAUUUUAAAAGUUUAGGAAUUCUUCAAACAAGUAGUGUUAUAUUUCCAUUGACUUAUACAAUACUACCAUAUAUUAUAUUCACAAAGAAGUAUGACACAAUAUUCCCAGCUUGGUCAACUAAAGUAUUACUUUACUCUUUAGCUUGUUUAAAUACUGCAUUUAUGGCUACUGGAUUCCCAACAAUUUUAAUUUUAAUUCAUAGAGCUGCAAAUUCAAAGCAUUCUGCUUUUAUAAAUGCUACCGCAUUAAGUUUAAAUUCAUUAGCAAGGUUUAUUGCUCCUGUUUUAUGGGGUUAUGUAAUUGCAUUAUGUGAUAGUUUUGAAGUUGGUCAAAUUUCAUGGAUGCUAUUAGGUGGGUUAUCUUUAAUUGGUUGUAUCUUUGCUUUUAGUAUGAAAGAUUAUGAUGAUGAUGAUGCUGAUGAAGAAAGUAAAUAG